GGGCCUUCCCCCGCCGCCGCCCCUCACGGCGGCCUCGGGCCGCGCCCGGACCGCGGCCCAGGUUUUACCAAGAGACAGUACAUCUAACCCUUAACUCGGAUCACCUCUUGCUCAUCAGCUUGAAAACCAUAACAGCCCCCCAGACUGACACUUGGUGUGAAAGGAAAAGCUGUGACCAAUGGACAAUAUGUCUAUUACUAACACGCCAACAAGUAAUGAUGCUUGUCUGAGCAUUGUCCACAGCUUGAUGUGCCAUCGGCAGGGUGGAGAGAGCGAGACUUUCGCCAAGCGCGCCAUCGAGAGCUUAGUUAAAAAGCUGAAGGAGAAAAAAGAUGAAUUGGAUUCUCUGAUUACAGCUAUCACCACAAACGGAGCUCACCCCAGCAAGUGUGUUACAAUACAGAGAACGCUGGAUGGGAGGCUUCAGGUGGCUGGCCGCAAGGGAUUCCCCCACGUGAUCUACGCCCGUCUCUGGAGGUGGCCUGAUCUUCACAAAAACGAACUCAAGCACGUUAAAUACUGUCAGUAUGCUUUUGACCUGAAGUGUGACAGUGUCUGUGUGAACCCCUACCAUUAUGAGCGCGUCGUGUCGCCUGGCAUCGAUCUCUCGGGACUGACGCUGCAGAGUUCAGCUCCCUCGAGCAUGCUGGUCAAGGACGAGUACGUGCACGACUACGAGGGGCAGGCGUCGCUGUCGUCGGCCGAGGGCCACUCGGUGCAGACCAUCCAGCACCCGCCCAGCAACCGCGCCUCCUCGGAGCCCUUCAGCGCCCCGGCCAUGCUGGCCCCCGCCGAGGCCAGCACCACCAGCACCACCAACUUCCCCAACAUUCCCGUGGCCUCCACAAGUCAACCUCCCAGUAUAUUGACAGGUAGCCAUAGUGAUGGACUCUUACAGAUUGCUUCAGGGCCCCAGCCAGGAACUCAGCAGAAUGGGUUCUCAGCUCAGCCAGCCACUUACCACCACAACAGCACCACCAGCUGGACGGGGAGCCGGACGGCCGCCUACACCCCCACCAUCCCGCACCACCAGAACGGCCACCUGCAGCACCACCCGCCCAUGCACCCCGGACACUACUGGCCAGUUCACAACGAGCUCGCAUUCCAGCCUCCCAUAUCAAACCAUCCUGCUCCGGAGUACUGGUGCUCCAUCGCCUACUUUGAGAUGGACGUGCAGGUCGGGGAGACCUUCAAGGUGCCGUCCAGCUGCCCCAUUGUCACCGUGGAUGGCUACGUGGAUCCCUCCGGGGGCGACCGCUUCUGCCUGGGCCAGCUGUCCAACGUGCACCGGACGGAGGCCAUCGAGAGAGCGAGGUUGCACAUAGGCAAGGGGGUGCAGCUGGAGUGCAAGGGCGAGGGGGACGUGUGGGUGCGCUGCCUGAGCGACCACGCCGUGUUCGUGCAGAGCUACUACCUGGACAGGGAGGCGGGCCGCGCCCCGGGCGACGCCGUGCACAAGAUCUACCCCAGCGCCUACAUCAAGGUGUUCGACCUGCGCCAGUGCCACCGGCAGAUGCAGCAGCAGGCGGCCACUGCCCAGGCGGCCGCCGCAGCCCAGGCAGCCGCCGUGGCCGGCAACAUCCCCGGGCCGGGCUCCGUGGGGGGAAUCGCCCCGGCCAUCAGUCUGUCGGCCGCGGCCGGCAUCGGCGUGGACGACCUGCGGCGCCUGUGCAUCCUGAGGAUGAGCUUCGUCAAGGGCUGGGGGCCCGACUACCCGCGGCAGAGCAUCAAGGAGACGCCGUGCUGGAUCGAGAUCCACCUGCACCGCGCCCUGCAGCUGCUGGACGAGGUGCUGCACACCAUGCCCAUCGCCGACCCGCAGCCCCUGGACUGACCCUGCUGCUGCUGCUGCUGCUGCUGCUCCGGGGCCGCGCUCUCCUCGGCACGCUGCCUUGUAAAAUACCGUUCUGUUUAUAACCCCAAGAUAUAUUUUACUGCUCCUUCUGCUUAACCUUCUGAAAACAGGUUUUAAACAUGUGUUUGCCGCCUUGCUCUUAGCAGAAAGAACCUGAACGCGCAGGAUUUUUGGGUUUCGGUUGUUUCCAGAGCUCGGUAGUCGUGAGGACAGGGCCUGAAGUGGGAGGUAAAUGCUUUAGAGAGACUUCAGAGUGUUGGGUUUGUUCCCUUUGAAACUCUCCUUCCCUGCCACGACACCUUGGUGACAGCCUCACGGGAGCCUUUUGUAUGCAGAAUAUAUAUUAUAUAUAUAUUUAUAUCUGAAAAUUCCUUCUAGUAGUUACAAAACAUUUACCUUGUAGCGACUUUAAAAUUCCAGCUGAUUUGUGAUAUUCUGUUUAGGGAACAGUAGUUAACACAAGACUUCUUUAUUUUGUUGGCGAUCAUGUUAUGAUUUUUCCAGGUUAAAGCCUAGCAGCUGCCAAAAAGUGAGGGGAUGACACAUAACAUGUUGUUGGCAUUGAUCAAAAACUUCUUUAGUUUAAAAAAAAAAAAAGGAGACAUCCUAGAUUUUUUUUUAAUAUAGUCAUGUGAGUUUUAAAACACUAAAGGAAACGGAUACUUUCAGUUUAGGGUGAAACACCCAGCCUGCAACAUCACCACUGAAAUUGUAUCGUGAGUGCCUCAUGGCAGAACGUAUUUUCGUAAUUACUACUGACCUGUAUGAUUUUCCUCAAAAAAAAAACCAAAAAAAACCCAAAAAAAAGCCCCUUAGCAUGUACUCUGGAUAAAUUUGCAUGACUCCUUUGACUCGCGUAUAUCAUGGAGUAUGUAUGGUAACCCAUGGGUGUUUAGGACUGGGAUUUUGUACCCGUUCACCAUUUCCACUCAGGGCAAGAUGGCAAACCUGUUUUUAUAGCUCCUGGUUAUUUUAGCCCUCUGCCAUCGGUGACCGCCUCCAGGGGCAGUGGCUCCCGCAGCGCUGCCAGCUCUGCUUUUCUUCAGUGCCCUUCUUAAAAACGCGGUUUGUGCCGAGCUGUGGCUGCGCGCUGAGCGGCGGGGCGGGGACACAAAUGGGCGAUUGUCCCUGUUUCCAUUCAUUCCCUUGUUCUGCCUCCCUGGGGCUGGGUUUUAACGAGAUCCCUUGGCUCCCUCUCGGGUGGCAGCCCCCUCGCUGUCCCUGCUGCUCUCCCGGGUUUGGUUUGGCAGGAGCCCGGCACCCCUGGCUGGCGUUGUGCCCGUGCCAAACCCGGGCCAGGCAGGGAGAGGCUGGCUCGGCCUCACAUUCUGAAAGGAUUCACCCAAGGCGAGAUUUCCUGCCGGUGUCCGCCUGACCCAGAAUGUUCAGAGCAGGACAGAACAAUAUCUGAUGGUUUUAUUGCAGGAAAUCCCUCUGUGCAUCAGGAGGCAGAGGCAGUAGGAGCUGAAAAGGCAUUCAUCCUCUCCAGGCAGCUCCCAAAAGGGUGCGCUCCCAGCUGUUAAACGAGACAAUCUUAUCCUUAGUUUUUAAUAUGCUGUUAAACCAACCUUUGUAUUUUUAUGGCAAGGCAGCAGCAGCAGACAGAGCCCCUGACAGGUCUGUGUGUCUGUCUGGAGCUGGGA